AUGUCAAAUUUUAACUCAUUCGCUAGUAGUUGGACCAAGAAACUAGAAGAAAUUUCCUCCACAGUAUCUCAAAAGACCCAAGAAUUGUCAACCAAUCUACCAUCUUUUGCACAAUCCACCCAGAGAUUGGUUCAAGAAAAGUUCGGUCAGGUCACCGACAUAUCCCAACUACCACAGGAAUAUCUGGAACUAGAGAAGAAAAUCGAUACUCUGAAAUUGAUUAACGAACAUUUCUUAAAGAUUACUUCCAUCUACGAAAACGAAUCCUAUGAUUAUCCUAAAUUCAUCAAGGACUCAGUCAACGACUUGUCUAAAACAAUCUCCUCCAAGAUCGUCGACUUGUCUCACGCAACUUCUACCACGGAGGCCCAAAACAUCCUCUUGUCUCCUGGUCCAGUCAAAGACCCAAUGACUUUGAACUAUGCUCUAAGCAAAGUUGCCCUCACCUCAAGCGAGUUGAUUAACCAAUCCUCUGCCAACCUUUCCCCACAGGAGACUCAAACCUCUUCCAUCCUAUUGGAUUUCUCUAAUUUACAGACCCAAAUUGCUCAAGCAAGGAUACAACAGGACACGCUAAUCAAAACUAAAUUCAACAAAAGAUUAAGAGAAUCCUUGAAACAGGAUAUUGAGAGAGCAAAUAGAGCAAGAAAGGAGGUUACCAACAAAAGAUUACAAUACGAUGUGGCAAGAACUAAAUUGAUGAAUGCUAAACCAGAAAAGGAAGCUUCCCUAAGGGUACAGAUGGAAUCCUUAGAAGACCAAUUUGCUCAAGUCACCGAACAUGCUACUAUCGUCAUGCAAGAAGUGUUGGCCAAUUCAGAGUUUUUAUUUGAUUUACAAUCUUUGGUUAAUGCACAAUUAUCAUAUUUCGAAAUGUCUACUAACUUAUUGAAAAACUUUGUUAAAAAUACUAAUUUCCCAGAAGUCAAUCCUUCUUCUCAUUUUCCUCCUUCUUCUUCUUCUUCUUCAAAUGAAAAUACAACGGCUACUGAAACUGCUGAAGCUACUGCUGUCGACACCAAUCCAAUUGAAUUAGAUGAUAAUGAUGAAGAAUUGGAUAAUUAG